AUGGAAGUUGUCGGUUUGUGUGGGCUGGGGUUUAGCCAGUGCUAUAUUAAGGGUUUAGCCGGGCUGGGCAUGGUUCGGUACGGUAUUAAGCUCAUCCCGAUAUCGAUACUGGAAAUUGGAACCGGUAUGAUACAAUAUGGGAUUAUUAGUUGCCAAAGUUGA